AUGCACAAUCUUUUACAGAGAUAUAGGAAAGAGAAGACAGCAGUCGGGUCAAUUGGCGGUUCUCCCUCGCAGUGGCCACUUUAUGAUAAAAUGAGAGCCGUACUGUCGCCGUACGUCACCUACAACACCGAGGGCUUAGUGGAGGAAAGUUUUCGAAGUUCUACUAACUCCGAACCACUCCAAAUUUCGGUGGAAACGGCUGCGUCUUCUACAUUUGUUGCUGCAUCUCCAUUGUCAUCACCGGUUUGCCUACCAUCACCCUCAGCGAUGCCGAUGUCGCCAACCGAAACUUCUUCGUUACCAGUACCGUCUCCCGAGCCGAGUGAUUCUGUUAAUAAAAGAAGGAAUCAUUUUCAGUGCUUCAUAUUGAAAAAAUUUGAACAAAUUGAAAAACAGCUCGAGAAA